AUGCUUUUAUCAGGAAUAAUAAAGCACCAGCAUCCAAACUCUCUUGGAGAGGAGCGACCAGAAAAACAAGAUAAGAAUUCUCGGUCCAAAAGUUUGCCAGUUCUGAAUGGAUCUGUUCCGCAGAUUAAUAUCACACAAAGUGCUCUCAUCGCAGCCAAAAAGAACUUCUUACAGAGUUUGCAGGGGGACUCUGAUCAGAGGUGUGGCCUUGACCCUGAUAUAUCAGCACAUCACAGUAAUGCUACCGCUACUUCCUCCAAGGCAGUGUUGUCUUUUACAGCUUCCAGCUUUUCAAGAAUGGGGAAUUUCAUUGAAAGAAGUGAUUGCAACAACUCCACUAGAUUAAGUAAUGGCAUGUCACCAGCUUCCACGCUGCUAGUAAUCCCUGGUAGAAAAUACCUUGCUAUAGUAUUGAGAGACUCUAGAUUCUUUUUGAUAUGUAUGUGUUUCCUGACUUUCAUUCAGUCGCUAAUGGUCUCUGGUUACCUGAGCAGUGUUAUCACUACCAUUGAGAGAAGAUAUAGCCUGAAAAGCUCUGAAUCUGGGCUAUUGGUCAGCUGCUUCGAUAUUGGCAGCCUUUUAGUAGUGGUCUUCAUCAGUUAUUUUGGUGGGCAAGGGCGAAGGCCUCUGUGGCUUGCUAUUGGUGGGUUAUUUAUUGCUCUUGGGGCUGCCGUAUUUUCUUUACCUCAUUUCAUCUCUGCACCAUAUCAAAUCCAAGAAUUAAACUCCUCUGUUUCUAAUGAUGGCUUGUGUUUGACUGGAAAUAUUUCAAUGAAAGGCCACCUGGAAUCAUCAGGCUGUAUGAAGAAUUCACGUGGAAAUGGCCACUCACUCUAUGUAGCUUUGUUUAUUUGUGCCCAAAUUCUCAUUGGAAUGGGCUCUACACCUAUCUACACUCUAGGACCAACCUACUUGGAUGAUAAUGUCAAGAAAGAAAACUCAUCACUCUAUCUAGCUAUCAUGUAUGUAAUGGGAGCUCUUGGUCCUGCAGCAGGAUAUUUAUUAGGAGGAGUUCUUAUUGGGUUUUAUGUGCAUCCUACAAGUACUGUUCAGAUUGACCAAAGUGACCCACGGUUCAUUGGUAACUGGUGGAGUGGAUUCCUCAUUUGUGCUAGUGUGAUGCUUCUUGUUAUACUUCCAAUGUUUGCUUUUCCCAAAAAACUCCCACCUCGACACAAGAAAAAGAAAAAAAAGAUGCACUCUGAUGAUGUUUCAGCUGAUGAUGAUAUUGUGAAAGAAAAAGUGAAUCGCAAAAAUGAGCUAGACCCGGAAAUUCCUACAUCAAUGGGCUUUGGAAAGAAUCUUAAAGAACUUCCAAGAGCAGCUUUCAGGAUCUUAAGCAACAUGACAUUCCUUUUUGUGAGUUUGUCAUACACAGCUGAAUGUGCCAUUGUUACUGCUUUUAUUACCUUUAUUCCCAAGUUCAUUGAGUCACAGUUUGGCAUCCCAGCUUCCAAUGCCAGCAUCUACACUGGUGUGAUUAUUGUUCCAAGUGCUGGUGUUGGUAUUGUCUUAGGAGGUUACAUUAUAAAAAAGCUGAAACUUGGUGCAAGAGAAUCUGCAAAACUAGCAAUGAUUUGCAGUGGAGUAUCUCUGUUAUGUUUUUCAACACUCUUCAUAGUUGGAUGUGAAAGUAUUAAUCUAGGAGGUAUAAAUAUACCAUAUACCACAGGACCUACUCUUACCAUGGCACAUAGGAAUCUGACUGGAAGCUGUAAUGUUAAUUGUGGCUGCAAAAUCCAUGAAUAUAAACCUGUGUGUGGAUCAGAUGGGAUCACAUAUUUUAACCCUUGUCUUGCUGGUUGCAUUAGCAGUGGAAAUUACAGCACAGGGAUAAGAAAUUACACAGAUUGUGCCUGUGUCCAAAGCCGACAAGUUAUCACACCACCCACAGUUGGACAGCGUAGCCAGCUAAGAGUGGUGAUCGUCAAAACAUAUCUCAAUGAGAAUGGCUAUGCUGUAUCAGGAAAGUGUGAUAGAACCUGCAACACACUCAUCCCUUUCCUCAUUUUUCUCUUCAUAGUAACGCUUAUCACAGCAUGUGCCCAACCAUCAGCAAUCAUAGUUACUCUUAGGUCUGUGGAAAAUGGUGAGAGGCCUUUUGCCCUUGGCAUGCAAUUUGUUUUAUUAAGAACUCUUGCAUACAUUCCUACCCCAAUUUAUUUUGGUGCCGUCAUUGAUACUACCUGCAUGCUGUGGCAACAGGAAUGUGGUGUGCAAGGCUCCUGUUGGGAAUAUGAUGUGACGUCAUUUCGUUUUGUGUACUUUGGUCUAGCAGCCGGUCUCAAAUUUGUUGGCUUCCUAUUCAUUUUCCUCGCUUGGUACACCAUUAAGUAUAAAGAAAAGAAGCAGCAAAGGCAGAUGUGGGAAGAUGCUUCUGUCAGCACUGUGAGCGAAGUGGUGUGUAACAAAGUUGGUCAGCAAAACUAUGCAAGGACUAGAUCCUGCCCCACUUUUAGCUCUCAAGGUGACCAUGGUAACAAUGUCAAUCUAACAACAACAAUGCAUUACACAGCACAAACCUUUCCUGGCCCCCUUACAAUAGAAGCAAUAACUACAUCAGUUGAGAAGCCUUCACAAGAAGUCACUUCUGAAAUAGAGAGGCCCUUGCAGUAA